CUCUCUCUCUCUCUCUCUCUCUCUCUCUGUGGCUUGGGGCAGAGGUCUCUCUCUGCCUUAGCCGCAUUAAUUUUCACAAUGGCGUUUCAGGAUUUUGAAUACAUAUCGGAACGACGAAGAGCUGAGAAGCAACGCAAGCUCAAGAAGAGGAUUGCCAUGGGCACAGUUUCGGCCUUUGCUCUUGUUGCUCUAAUCGCGGUGGCAAUAUUUGUGGGAGUUAGUAAAUCCAGCGAUACGGACACCAAAUCAGCUCAACCUCAUCAACAAGCUACAAAUGAGGAUUCACACAGACACAGUAAUAAGGUGAUAAAAAUGAUUUGUAACUCUACGGAUUACAAGGAAAUGUGCGAGAACACCCUCAGCAAGGCAGUGCAAGCGAAGCCUGAAUUGGGUAAUACCAGAGACCUUCUCAAGACUGCUAUUUCAGCAACUGCAGAUGAGGUUAACAUGGCCAUGAACAAAAGCAUGGGGUUCAGAUUUAACACCCCAGCAGAGAAAGCAGCAUUCGAAGAUUGUCAGGUACUGAUGCAGGACGCCAAGGACGAAUUAGGCUUCUCAGUUUUCCUAGUUGGCAACAGUGACGUAGGAAAGUUGCCCUCUGAAACCCCUGACCUGAACAAUUGGCUGAGUGCGGUCAUGUCUUACCAACAAACAUGCAUUGAUGGUUUUCCCCAAGGAAAAUUGAAGGAUGGCAUGGAAAAUGCUCUCAAGGCUGUCAAGGAACUCACCAGCAAUUCCCUUGCCAUUGUAUCCGAGGUGGCAUGGUUCCUGUCCACAUUCCAGGAAACAGCUGGACCAAGCCGUCGCCUUCUGGAAAAGGAAUCUAACUCUCCUAAUUCCCUGGACAAGGACGGAUAUCCCACCUGGAUGGCCCGUGAGGACCGGAGGAUGUUGAAGGCCAAUGAUGAAAAGCCCACGCCCAACGUGAUUGUGGCAAAAGACGGCAGCGGAGACUACAAAACCAUUUCUGGGGCUUUCGCAUCCGUGCCUGAAAAAUACCAAGGACGAUAUGUCAUCUACGUUAAGGAAGGAAUAUAUGAGGAGACCGUGACUGUGACAAAUAAGAUGGUGAAUGUCACUUUGUACGGUGAUGGAUCACAGAAGAGCAUCAUCACUGGUAGCAAAAAUUUUGUAGAUGGAGUUAGGACUUUCGAAACUGCAACUUUUGUGGCUUUAGGAGAAGGCUUUUUGGCGAAAGGCAUGGGAUUCAGAAAUACAGCUGGUCCAGAAAAGGGCCAGGCAGUGGCUGCUAGAGUCCAAGCGGAUGGUGCAGUUUUCGUCAAUUGCCGCUUUGAGGGGUACCAAGACACUUUGUAUGCACAAACCCAUCGUCAAUUCUAUCGAAGCUGUGUGGUUGCUGGCACCAUUGACUUCAUCUUUGGUGACGCAGCUGCUGUGUUCCAAAACUGCUUGAUUGUGGUGAGGAAACCUUUGGAAAACCAGAAAAACGUGGUUACAGCCCAGGGAAGGGUCGACAAACGUGAAACCACGGGAAUAGUGUUGCAUAACUGUCGCAUUUUGCCGGACGAGAAACUUGUACCUUUGAAGUCCAAAAUCAAGAGUUACCUUGGGAGGCCAUGCAAGGAAUACUCGAGAACCGUUGUCAUGGAAUCAACAAUUGAUGACGUUAUUCACCCCGACGGAUGGCUACCAUGGGAAGGAAACUUCGCACUCAACACUCUAUAUUACGCAGAGUUUAACAACAAUGGACCAGGUGCCACGGUCGUCUCCAGGGUCAAUUGGCCUGGCCGCAAGGUCAUUGAUAAGCAAGAAGCCCUCAACUAUACAGUAGGGCCUUUCUUACAUGCAGAGGAUUGGAUCAACGCCACAGACGUUCAAGUUCACUUUGGUUUAUAUACUAGUUAAGCCCGGCUACCCUUCCAUGAUCAAUUUCUCUUACUUUAUAGCUAGCAAGCAUCACGAGUAUCUCAGGCAUGAGGCAGAGCUAGCUCUGGGGGAAGCUCCACGGCCACGGCUGUCGUAUUCAUUUAUAUUAUGUAAACCAAGGGGCCGGAGGAAAUAUUUGCACGCACAUACUUGUAUAACAUGAACAAAGCAAAUGCAUUACAUGCACAACACAACAAAUUUCCUAGUUUCUUAAACCUGUACGUCUCUCACUUCUUAUGCAUAUGUAGGAACUACUCACGAUCCAACCCGGCCUAACCCAGGAGGGAAAGAAAUUGUAGUUUUUUUUUUUUUUAAUCGAAAAUGUGGUGAAGAACAUUACUUA